CUCAAGGCCUUCGGCAAUGAUGAUAUUUGUGAGUCGAUUUUUGUCACCUUUCUUUGGGGCAGGCCAGUACUGAACUAUAUUGCUGUAUUGUUGGAAUAUCCCAGGGAGAUUAUCGGAACGUGCACUGGCAUCUCCAUCUCUUGUAUGGAGCUAGAGUCAAGAGUACAGGCCUGGCUUUCGAAACGGCUUCGCGAAGCCAACCCUUCUGACGGCAACAUUCUCGGUGAUUUCAAAGCUCGCCCAACCGUUGAUCGUAUAUCUCCCGUUACCACAACCUCUACUUCAUCACUUCCAGCUUCUCUAAAUAAGCCUAACUCUCAACUGCCGGAGGCUCCUUGGGACCGUUUCACUGGAGGUGGCUUUGCAGCCACUGACUUUGACCUCGCGCAUGAUGCAAUGAAGGCUAUGGAUAUGCUAGUUCGCCUUGAACUAGCGGACAUCACGAAUGCUUCUAUAGAAUCUAACGGGCAAAUACAACAAUCGAAUGAACGACGAUGCCGAGUUGUCCCCUUAGUGAUAGCUCUGGAACGCCAGCGCCUCAAUCUCCACCAAGCAAUCGGUGGUAGCAAAGAAUCAUCCGCUGAUUUGACUGCAUUAUGGCGAUCGGACCCGUGG